CUUUUAUAGUUUUAUUUAUUUGUUUAUCUUUAACUGGUUCUCUCUCUAAAAUAGUAAAAUAAAAAAUGGAGCUUUCAGCUUAGAACUUAGAGCAUCCAUCGAGUUUUGAACCUGGAUCUUGAUUACAGAGAUAUAUAGUUUAAAAUGGAUAGGAAAGAAAGCCUUUGUACUAACACCUGGACAGAGCCGUCUUCCUUAACUAAUUGGGGAAAUGGAUUGCAGACAAACUUGUCCCCUGAUCCUUCAAUUUCAGAUUAUGGGGAAAGGGUAGAAGCACCUUUCAAAGAUUUUAACCAACCCUCUCAAAUGCAGUCUCUACUUUCCAAGAAUGUCAUUAAGAUUGCUGAUCAAGAAAACUGUCCACCAAAUGACUCAUCUCAAACCAGUAUACUCCAAAAUUGGGAUGCCAGUGUGAUGUUAAAUAAUCUUUCCUUCUUGGAAAAAAAGGUUCAUCAACUUCAGGAGUUAGUGUGCUUGAUUGUUAGUAAAAAGGGCCAAACUUUUCGACAGCCUAAUGAACUGUUAACUCAGGAACAACAGCUCAUUACUGCUGAUCUUACAUCAAUUAUUGUUCAGUUGAUCUCUUCUGCAGGUAGUCUUCUCCCUUCUGCCAGACAUACCCUUACAAAUACCAGUCCAUUGGUUCAACAGCUUUGCCAGCUUCAGGGGAUUACGGUUCCUUUUGCGUCCGGCUCAGGCCAAAGUAGUGUUCAACCACAAAAUAAUGGGGCAGAUAAAUUAUCUGAGAGCUCACUGAAGAAUGGUCUACCAAAUAAUUGUGAUCUGGAGCAAAAGUACAAUGUGGAAGAACAUGAAUUGAAGGAUGAGGAAGAUGCUGAUGAUGGAGAAAACCUCCUGCCUGGUUCCUAUGAGAUUUUACAAUUAGAAAAAGAAGAAAUCCUUGCCCCACAUACACAUUUCUGCACAAUUUGUGGAAAGGGAUUCAAGAGAGAUGCAAAUCUCCGAAUGCACAUGCGAGGCCAUGGUGAUGAGUACAAAACUGCAGCUGCUCUUGCAAAACCUCAUAAAGAAUCUGAGUCACAACCUAAGCUUAUCAAGAGGUAUUCUUGCCCCUAUGCUGGCUGCAAGCGUAACAAGGAUCACAAAAAAUUUCAACCUCUGAAGACAAUAUUGUGUGUCAAAAAUCAUUACAAAAGAACACACUGUGACAAGAAUUACACUUGCAGCAGAUGCCACAUAAAGAAGUUUUCAGUCAUGGCGGAUCUUAAAACUCAUGAAAAGCACUGUGGCAAGGAUAAAUGGCUUUGUUCAUGUGGCACAACAUUUUCAAGGAAGGACAAGCUUUUUGGACAUAUUGCUCUUUUCCAAGGCCAUACACCGGCCAUUCCCAUGGAAGACAAUAAAAGAACAACAGGCCUUCCAGACCAAGAUAAUAGCAAAGCAGAAGUUAUGAGCUUCAGUUCUGGAUUAAAUCCUUCAACUGAAAAUGGAGUUCAAAAUGUCAUGGAUGUAAAAGGAAACAUUGAUGAUCCUAUUACUUGUUUCUCUCCAUUGAACUUUGAAGCUAACUUUGGUGGCUUUAAUGAAUUCACUCAACAUCAAUUUGAUGAUGGCUCGGAAGGUUCUUUCUCGUUUCUCAUCCCUGGAUCUUUCAAAUCUGGAGAAGUAUCAAGCUCUGAUAAUGUGGUUUGACUAUUUGUACUAUUGUUGGUUUAGUUAAUAUCUCUCUUUUGUUCUUCAUUGUGAUAGGAAUAAAAUUUACUUGUGAAAUAGCUUUAA